AUGGAGGGAGUCGGGCCGGAUCGGGGCAAGGCGACAUGCGGGUCAUGGAUCCGACAACCCGAGAAAGCGAACCUGGUAGCGUUGGGCAAGCCAGGGAGCAACGACCCUUCUUCACCAUCUUUGAUACAGAUUUUCUCUUUUGAUCCCAAGACUAUUGCACUUCCCUCUGCCCCUCUGGCAGCUCAUGUGCUCGAAGCAAGUGAAGGCCAUCCCUUGACAAUCGCAGCGCACCCAAGCGGCGACGACAUUGUGUUCUCCACAAGUUCUGGCGGAUGCAAAAUCUUGGAACUGUAUGGUCGAGAAUCGAGUCUGAAGCUGAUAGCCAGAAAGCCACCUCUUCUUCAAGACGUUGGUCCUCAGCAAUGUCUUGCCUUCAGCGGUGAUGGAUCCAGACUUGCGGCUGGCGGAAUGGAUGGUCGUCUCAGGAUCUUCAAGUGGCCGAGCCUCCAAGUCGUGCUGGACGAACCGGCCGAGCGCAGCUCCUAUCGGGAUCUCGAUUUUAGCCUAGACUCGGAAUUGCUGGCCUCGACCUCGACCGAUGGUUCGGCGAGAAUAUGGAGAGCUGAAGAUGGCAUUCCCUUGGCUACCUUGGCUCGUGGUCCGGAUGAAAGAAUUGAGCUCUGUCGUUUCUCUAGGGACGGGGCGAGACCGUUCUUGUUCUGCACGGUUCAGAAAGGUGAUAAAGCCUUGACGGGAGUUUGGAACAUAGGCUCAUGGGACAGAAUUGGUCACAAGAGAUUGCUCGGAAAGCCGGCUUCAGCUAUGUCCAUCAGUUCGGACGGAACAUAUCUCGCACUGGGAGGCAGAGAUGGUGAUUUCUGUGUGGUCGAGCUAAAGAAGAUGGAGAUAUGCCAUUGGAGUAAGAGGUUGCACUCGGGCACCAGCAUUUCGUUGCUGGAAUUUUGUCCGACCGAGAGGGUCUUGUUGAGUGCUUCUAGUGAACGCGGAGCAUCGGUGACAAAGCUAAAUGUCCCAGCCGAGUGGAAAGAUUGGCAACUAUAUGGAAUGCUUCUAGGAUUGUUUCUGGCAUCGGCGGUUGCAUACUACAUAUUCUAUAAGAACUCUGAUUCAUUUUGGGACUUCCCCUCUUAGUGAGUGAUCGACCCGCCAGGCCGGCGAUCAAAGCUGUCAUUGCCUGAUCUGCAGUCGAACGAUCGAAAAUAGACACGACAUGUUGGAAGACUGCUAAGUAUGUGGUAUCAGCUCAGAUUCCUCGACAUAAAAUUACUCUACUCAACUGCGUCAAGGGGGGAAGAAAAUUGCGCAAAGAAUCAGCAUCGCAACGAAAUGGGAAUGUUCUUGUCUCUUUAGUUAGGACUAUUAUUUCUGCAUUUUUUUCGGUUUCUACUAUUGAAAUAAACAGUUUUUCAGUCGUUAAUGUCUUUUCCAUUAUGGUCAAAAUAAUGUCAUGGUAAUCAGAUCUUACCUACUCUUUUUCU